UAAUGUAAACUAGGGGCUCCCUAUCUCUCUCUUUUUACAAAUCGACCACAACACCAAAUUGAUCAAUCGAUCAAAGAGAAACUGUGAUAAGAGUUUUAGAGGGAGAAAGUAGAGAGAGAAAGUCUCAGAUUUUGUGAUAAUCGUAUUGACAAUUGAGGAAAAGAACGAUAAUGGGUUCUGAAGAUAGCUGGAACAAGAUUGACGAUGGCACUAGUUUUCAACCAUCGGAGCCGGCCCUAUGCGCCAACGGCUGUGGCUUCUUCGGUAACGCAGCGACUAUGAACCUCUGCUCCAAGUGUUUCAGAGACCUCCGCGUCGAGGAAGAGCAGGCGGCUUCGGCUAAAGCCGCCAUGGACAAACUGGUGAAUCAGACGGUGUUUUCAGGAGAGGUCCGUGUGGGGCCAUCUUCGUCGACGGAAUCUUCAUCAGCAGCACAGUUGGUUGUGCCGGCUGUUGGCGUUGAUCGUGAGACGGAGGCCCCGAAGGUGCCGUCGAACAGGUGCUGGAGCUGCAGGAAGAAGGUAGGGGUGUUGGGGUUCACGUGCAGGUGCGGGAGCACGUAUUGUGGGACCCACAGGUACCCAGAGAAGCACGAAUGCCCCUUCGAUUAUAAGGGUGCCGGACGAGAAGCCAUUGCACAGGCUAAUCCGGUGGUGAAGGCUGAUAAGGUGCAAAGGAUCUGAAUUCUGAACCAAACCCAACCGGUUUAGAUUUGAAUUGUUUUUAGCCUUCCUUUCUUUCUUGUGUCUUGGAUAUUUAUUUUGGUUGGAGUUGGAUGAGAAAGUAAUUUGCUCUUUUAUUAUGAUGAUGUGUUUAUGUAGUGGGUUCUCUUGAUUGAAAGUCGAUACCAUAAUAAAGUGGAACAGCCCAUUAAUUGUUUGUCA